UGGGUACCGGCUCAACCAAGCGGAAGAGUCUUCUGUCUCAGCACUAUAUAGGUCUCAACUUGGGUGGCAGGAGUUCGCGUGUCCCGAGUCUUAAGAUACAGUGUCGUCGACCAUGAAGAAGAUCGUGUUGAAGGUGAGCAUCUUGUGCAGCAAGUGCAAGGUCUGCAUCUUGACCACCAUCUCCAAAUUCGAAGGGAUUGUUUCGAUUGCAGUUGACGUGGAGAAGAGCACGGUGACGAUCGUGGGGGUCGUCGAUGCGGUGCUCAUCGUGAAAGCCCUGAGGAAGGCCAAGAAGCCGGCGGAGAUCGUGAGCGUGGGAGAGCCCGACAAGAAGAAGGAAGAGAAGAAGGACGAUAAGGAGGACCCCUGCAAGUUGCCCCCCUGUUGCAACGCUUGCAGGCCUGUGAUGAUAUGGCAGGACGAACCAAACAUAUGCACCAUUUGCUGAUGUAUGCACGCAUAUACGCUGCUCUCUCUCUCUCUCUCUCUCUCUCUCUCUCUCUCUCUCUCUCUCUCUCUCUCUCUCUCGCUCUCUUCUAGGGUUUAUAAUAUGCUCAAAAUUCCACCA